AUGGGAAACACGACCAGAGAUAUACCUGGUCAUAGACUGAAUAGCGUACAUUCGCAGUUAGAUUCAGAUAACGAGAAUAAUAGCGAUGGUUGUUAUGAAAACGAAUUUGAUAGACCUACUACUACCGUACCGCGAGCUUUACCUCGUACCGGUUAUAGCAGAGGGCAACAAUUACGUGACGGUAACAAUCGAGAGUCUAGGUACUUACAGCAACCCGAUGACUCUCGAAAGAUACCUCACUAUACGAACCAACCAGGACCUGGUCAGCGGAAGAAGAAUGAAGUGUAUGAUGACGAAAUGACCAUUGAUGAAAAGUACUCACAGUUUGUUGAGCACGUACGUGAAUUGGGAACCAAAUAUUUUCAGCAAGAAAACAAUGCUAAAAAGCGAAAGGAGUGGCUAACGGAUGAAAUUCUUGACAUGGUAAAGAAAAAAUCAGAAGCCUAUCUCCACUGGCAAAACCGUCUUGGAAAACAUAAUGAACAAAAGUAUAGGUCGAAAUAUCGGGCACUCGCGAAACUGGUGAAAAGAAAAAUCGAAGCUCGACAAUUCGAGUAUUGGGACGAAAUUAGUUGUGAAAUUGAAAAUGCUAUAAAACAACAUGAUCCAGCGACAGCUUAUGCUAUGAUAAGGCGAUUACGAGGAAGAAACAAAAACAUGGAUAACACUUCCAUUCAAGAUAAAAAUGGUAAGAUGUUAUUGAACUCCAAGGACAGGUUAAGUCGAUGGCGGGAAUAUUUCUGUGAGUUAUUGAAUGUACAUACAGUUAUUGAUCUAACGAUUUUGCAACAGAUUCCUAUUCCAGCUAUUGAUAAAGCUGAGGAGACAAGACAGGAUAAACCACCGUCCUUGCCUGAAGUUGUGCAAGCAAUCAAACAGAUGAAAAGUCGAAAAGCACCGGGUAAGGAUGAUGUUACGGCUGAAUUAUUGAAAGCCGGUGGUUUGGAAUUAGCUCUGUGGCUACAUCAAAUCAUAGUUGAUGUUUGGAUAAACGAGCAAAUGGUAGAAGACUGGACGAUGGCUAUACUGAUUCGAUUGUACAAAAAUAAAGGGGAUAAACGUAUUUGUGACAACUAUCGCGGUAUCUCUUUAUUAAUUGUCGUAAGUAAAAUAUUCUCUCGAAUUGUUCUCAACCGAAUACAAGGACUGCUCGACAAAAAGUUGCUAGAUCAACAAGCAGGUUUUCGACCAAACAGAUCAACAGUCGAUCAAAUUUUCACCUUAAAAAUGAUCAUGGAAAAAUCACAGGAAUACAAUAAAUCAUUGUUUAUGUGCUUCAUCGACAUCCAAAAAGCUUAUGAUUCGGUUAAUCGAGAGCUGUAG